AAUUGGAUGAAGUGAAUGCUUUAAUACUAUAUAAAUAUAAACAAAUUAUUAUUUCAAAAUGGUUAAAGAACAGUAUAGAGAAACAGAUGUUGCAAGAAAAAUAUCGCACGUCUCAUUUGGGGUUGACAGUAGACACAAUAUGAAACAACAAGCUCAUCUGCAUGUUGUAGCAAAAAAUUUAUACAGCCAAGAUAAUGGACAUAUACCACUUUCAUAUGGUCUUCUUGAUAAAAAAAUGGGAACGUGCUCCAAUAUAAACAAUUGUGGUACUUGUGAGAAAUCGUUGAAUGAAUGUAUUGGACACUUUGGUUACGUCGAUUUAGAACUUCCUGUAUUUCAUGUUGGAUAUUUUAGAUCAAUUAUAGGAAUCCUGCAAACAAUUUGCAAAAAAUGCUCUUGUGUAAUGCUAAAUUCAAAAGAUAAAAAAUUGUUUCUUGAUCGUGUUUUAAAUUCUAAUUUAAAUUAUUUAACUCGUAAAGCUUUAAGAAAACAAAUACUUGAAAAGGCCAAAAAAUGUAAUACCUGCCCAUACUGUGGAGAAUUAAAUGGAACUGUUAAAAAAGCUGGUCUUCUUAAAAUAGUUCAUGAAAAAUAUAAAACAAAAAAAGCCACCGAUCCAGUUAUACAAUUAAAAUUGACAGAAUAUCAUAAAGUUUUAGAAGAUAACAAAGAAUUAGAAAAUAUUUUGCAAGGAGGAUUGAUAACUAUUCUCAAUCCACUUGAAGUUUUGGGUAUUUUAGAACGCAUACCAGAAAAAGAUAUACCUCUUUUGAUGAUGAAUCCUGAAUGCAGUGUCCCAAAAGAUUUAAUUUUAACUAGAAUUCCUGUACCUCCUAUUUCAAUUCGUCCAAGUAUUGUUUCUGAUUUAAAAGCUGGAACAAAUGAAGAUAAUCUAACGAUGAAACUUACAGAAAUUUUAUUUAUUAAUGAUGCUAUUCAAAGACAUCGUCAAUGUGGUAUGAAAGUUCAGAUGUACAACGAAGAUUGGGAAUUUCUACAAUUGCAUUGUGCGCUUUAUAUAAAUAGUGAAAUGUCCGGAAUUCCUUUAAACAUGCAGCCUAAGAAAUCAGGACGGGGACUUGUACAAAGAUUAAAAGGUAAACAAGGUCGAUUCAGAGGCAAUUUAUCAGGUAAAAGGGUCGAUUUUUCAAGUAGAACUGUUAUUUCACCCGAUCCAAAUCUUCGUAUUGAUCAAGUUGGUGUACCUAUUCAUGUAGCUAAAAUAUUAACAUAUCCGGAAAGAGUUAAUAAAUGUAACAUAGAACUAAUGCGUCGACUUGUACAAAAUGGGCCAGAUAUACAUCCUGGAGCAAAUUUCGUUGUACAAGGAAAGACUCAAUUUAGAAAAUUUUUAAGAUAUGGUAAUAGACAAAAAAUUGCACAAGAUUUGCAAUAUGGCGAUAAAGUUGAAAGACAUUUAUGUGAUGAUGAUGUGGUUCUUUUUAAUAGACAACCAUCCUUACAUAAAUUAAGUAUAAUGGCCCACAAAGCAAAAGUAUUAGAAAAUCGUACUUUUAGAUUUAAUGAAUGUGUAUGUACUCCAUAUAAUGCUGAUUUUGAUGGAGAUGAAAUGAAUUUACAUUUACCACAAACUGAAGAAGCAAGAGCUGAAGCAUUAGUACUUAUGGGGAAUAAAUCUAAUUUGGUAACACCACGAAAUGGUGAAUUGUUAAUUGCUGCUACCCAAGAUUUUAUAACCGGUGCUUAUCUUUUAACUCAAAAAGAUACUUUUUUAAAUAAAUCUCAAGUUUCUCAAUUAAUAAGUUGUCUACUUGCUGGAUUAGAUACAACAAUGAGUAUAAAUCUUCCGGAGCCAGCUAUAUUUAAGCCAGCAAUUAUGUGGACUGGAAAACAAAUCUUCAGCCUUAUUUUAAAGCCAAAUGAUGAGUGUUGCGUGAAAGCUAAUUUAAAAACUAAAGGAAGAGCAUAUACCAGCAAUGAAGAAUUAUGUAUCAAUGAUUCUUAUGUUAUAAUUAGGAAUUCAGAACUAAUAGCUGGCUCUAUGGAUAAAUCAACUUUAGGUUCUGGAUCAAAACAGAAUAUAUUUUAUAUACUUCUUCGAGAUUGGGGGGAAGAUAUAGCUGCAAUUGUGAUGUGGCGUUUAGCAAGAUUAAGUAGUUUUUUUCUUAUGAAUAGAGGAUUUUCAAUUGGUAUUGGAGACGUAACACCUGGACAUAGUCUCUUAAAAGCGAAACAAGAACUUGUUAAUAAUGGUUAUGGAAAAUGUACAGAGUAUAUUAAGAAAAUGGAAAAUGGUCAAUUGUCUUGUCAACCAGGCUGUACCGAAGAAGAAAGCCUUGAAGCUAUGAUUUUAAAGGAACUUUCAGUAAUACGGGAUCAUGCUGGUAAAGUUUGUUUAAAAGAGCUUCAUCCCAGUAAUAGUCCAUUAGUUAUGGCACUUUCUGGCUCUAAAGGGAGUUUUAUUAAUAUAUCUCAAAUGAUUGCCUGUGUUGGACAACAGGCUAUUAGUGGUCAUCGAGUUCCAAAUGGAUUUGAAGACAGAGCUCUGCCUCAUUUUGAAAAAUAUUCAAAGACUCCUGCUGCGAAAGGUUUUGUUGAAAAUUCAUUUUAUUCUGGUUUAACGCCAACAGAAUUCUUUUUUCAUACCAUGGGUGGACGAGAAGGUCUUGUUGAUACUGCUGUUAAAACAGCAGAAACUGGAUAUAUGCAGAGAAGAUUGGUAAAAAGUUUAGAAGAUCUUUGCCUUCAUUAUGACAUGACUGUAAGGAAUUCUGUAGGAGAUAUUGUUCAAGUUUUGUACGGAGGUGAUGCAAUGGAUCCCACGUACAUGGAAGGCAAAGAUUGCCCUGUAGAUUAUAAGAGACUUCUUGAUGAUAUUAAAUCUAGAUCAUUCUACAGUAAUGAAGAUCCAUUAGAUGGGCCGAGUAUUAUUAAAGCAACAUCUGAAUUGUUGAUGUCAGAGGAAUAUUCUUGCCUGAGUGAAGAAUUCAAACAAGAGCUAGGACAGUUUUUAAAAUCUAUUGCAAUUAAAAUUGCCAGAGUUCGACAGCACAUAAAAACAAACGCUACUGUUAAUAAAUAUAUUGAACGUUUAACGGUGUCUCAAUUAGUUGAAUUUAUUCAUACGUGUAAAGAAAAAUAUAUGAAAGCAAAAAUUGAACCAGGUACUGCAGUUGGUGCUUUGGCUGCACAAAGUAUUGGAGAACCAGGUACCCAAAUGACAUUAAAAACAUUUCAUUUUGCUGGUGUAGCAUCAAUGAAUAUUACACAGGGUGUACCACGUAUUAAAGAGAUUAUUAAUGCUAAUCCAAGAAUUAGUACCCCAAUUAUAACAGCUGCUUUAGAAGUUGAUACCGAUCCAGAAUUUGCCAGGAGAGUAAAGAGUCGUAUCGAAAAAACUACUUUGGGUGAAAUUACUGAAUAUAUUGAAGAAAUUUAUCUUCCAGAUGAUUGUUUUUUACUAUUAAAAAUAGAUAUUGAUAGAAUCAAACUUCUGAAACUCGAAGUUGAUGUAAAUUCUAUUCGUUAUUCAUUAUGCACAUCAAAACUUAAAUUACAUCCAAAAACAGUUGUUAUUCAAGGAGAUUCAAUUAUUACCAUUUAUCCAAACAAGCAAAAGCACAAUUUAAGUCAUAUAUUAACACAACUUAAGGAUAGUAUCCCUAAUGUUAUCGUAAAAGGUAUUGCUUCAGUGUCUAGAGCAGUGAUACACAAUGAUGAUUCAUCUGGGAAGACUCGUUAUAAAUUAUUUGUUGAAGGCGAUAAUAUGCGUGAUGUAAUGGCAACAAUAGGAAUUAAGGGAUUAAAAACUACCUCUAAUAAUACAAUCGAAGUAUUUAGAACUUUAGGUAUCGAAGCUGCUAGAGCGACUAUAAUGACUGAAAUCAAGCUUGUUAUGGAAAAUCAUGGAAUGAGCAUUGAUCGUAGACAUCCAAUGCUUGUUGCUGAUUUAAUGACAAGUAGAGGAGAAGUAUUAGGUAUUACAAGACAAGGGCUGGCAAAAAUGAAAGAAUCAGUCUUAAAUUUAGCUUCUUUUGAAAAAACUGCUGAUCAUUUAUUUGAUGCUGCAUAUUAUGGACAAAAGGAUGCGAUUAGUGGAGUGUCAGAAUCUAUUAUUAUGGGAAUACCAGUUCCAGUGGGAACUGGUAUUUUCAAACUACUUCACAAAGCUGACAAAGAUGCUUUAAAGCCUAGAACUUUAUUAUUUGAUUCAUUCAGUCAAAAUAGUAAAGUAAAUGUAUAA